AUGAUUCGAGAUUUUCUAAGGAUCCAUUUAGUGAAAUCCCAUAUUUCGUAUAUCGGGAAACGAGAUGAUCCAUUAUCAGAAAAAAAUGAGGGAUCAAAUCAUACCAAUAUGAAUCCAUUUUAUUCCAUUUAUUCAAAGACAAAACUUCAACAAUCAUUUAACCAAAAUCAAGGAACUGUUCGUACGUUGUUGGGUAUAAACAAAGAAUCUCAAUUUUGUAUAAUUUUGUCAUCAUCCAAAUGUUUUCGAAUAGGUCCAUUCCCAUCCAAAGGUGUAAAAUCUCACAAAGAAUCAAUUCAAAAAGAUUCCCUAAGUUUAAUUAGGAAUUCGUUUGGUUCUUUAGGGACAGCCCUUCCAAUUUCUCAUUUUUUUUCAUUUUACCAUUUAAUAACUCAUAAUCAGAUCUCGGUAAUUAAUUAUUUGCAACUUGACAAUUUAAAACAAACCUUUCAACUAAUUAAAUUUCCGUAUUAUUUAAUGGAUGAAAAUGGAAAAAUUUAUAAUCCCGAUCCAUGCAGUAACAUCAUUUUGAAUCCAUUGAAAUUGAAUUGGUAUUUUCUUCAUUAUAAUUUUUGUGAAGAGACAUCCAAAAAAAUUUAUCUUGGACAAUUUGUUUGUGAAAAUGUAUGUAUGACCAAAAAUGGACCAUACUUAAAAUCGGGUCAAGUUAUAAUUGUUCAAUUUGACUCCGUAGUAAUAAGAUUGGCUAAGCCCUAUUUGGCUACUCCGGGAGCAACAGUUCAUGGUCAUUAUGGAUCAAUCGUUUAUGAGGGGGAUACAUUAGUUACAUUUAUAUAUGAAAAAUCGAGGUCUGGUGACAUAACGCAAGGUCUUCCAAAGGUGGAACAAGUUUUAGAAGUUCGUUCCAUUGAUUCAAUAUCUAUGAAUCUAGAAAAGAGGAUUGAUGGUUGGAACGAACGUAUAAGACGAAUUCUUGGAAUUCCUUGGGGAUUCUUGAUUGGGGCUGAGCUAACUAUAGCGCAAAGUCGUAUCUCUUUGGUUAAUAAGAUCCAAAAGGUUUAUCGAUCACAAGGGGUGCAGAUACAUAAUAGGCAUAUAGAAAUUAUUGUACGUCAAAUAACAUCAAAAGUCUUGGUUUCAGAAGAUGGAAUGUCUAAUGUUUUUUUGCCCGGAGAACUUAUUGGAUUGUUUCGGGCAGAACGAACGGGGCGCGCUUUGGACGAAGCAAUAUGUUAUCGAGCUACCUUAUUGGGAAUAACUCGAGCAUCUUUGAAUACGCAAAGUUUUAUAUCCGAAGCGAGUUUUCAGGAAACUGCUCGAGUUUUAGCAAAAGCGGCUCUCCGGGGCCGUAUCGAUUGGUUGAAAGGACUAAAAGAAAAUGUUGUUCUAGGGGGAAUGAUACCUGUUGGGACCGGAUUCAAAGGAGUCGUACACCAUUCAAGUCAACAUAAGGGUAUUCCGUUGAAAACAAAAAAAAAGAAUCUAUUCGAGGGAGAAAUGAGAGAUAUUUUGUUUUACCACAGAGAAUUAUUUGAUUCUUAUCUUUCAAAGAAUUUCUGUGAUAGAUCAAAACAACAAUGAUUUUUGGGGUUUAAUAGAAUAGAUUCAUCUUUUUUAUCUUUUAUGUAUUUGUUAUGGUUAUUUAAUUUAGUAAUAAAAAAAUUAGUAAUAAAAUAAAGAAAUUCAAAAAAUAACGAAAUAGAAAGGAAUUAAUGGUUUGCGUUGUAUAUCAAUGGCCAAUCCGUGGUAGAAAAGAAGGUUCCCUUGGAACAAUUAUUUAUUUCAGAAUACCUCAUCUCUUUAUUAAAAAAAGA